AUGGGCAAGGUGAAGGUACAACAACCCAUCGUCGAGAUGGACGGCGACGAACAGACGCGGAUCAUCUGGCACUUGAUCAAGGAUCAGCUCAUCUUCCCCUACUUGGACGUGGACUUGAAGUACUACGAUCUUUCCAUUGAGAACAGGGAUGCCACCGAGGACCGCGUGACUGUGGAGUCUGCGGAGGCGACCCUCAAGUACGGCGUUGCCGUCAAGUGUGCGACCAUUACCCCGGACGAGGCGCGUGUCGAGGAGUUCGGGCUCAAGGAGAUGUGGAAGUCUCCCAACGGGACCAUCCGGAACAUCCUCGGCGGGACCGUCUUCAGAGAGCCCAUUAUUAUCCCAAGGAUCCCCAGACUGGUGCCCGGCUGGAACGAGCCGAUCAUUGUCGGCAGACACGCGUUUGGGGACCAGUACAAGGCGACCGACGUUGUCAUUCCAGGCGAGGGCACGUUGAAGCUGGUCUUUGAAAGCAAGGACGGGGACAAGUCCAAGAAUCUUGACCUGGAGGUCUUUGAAUACCCCAAGGAUGGCGGUGUUGCCAUGACCAUGUACAACACCACCGACUCGAUCACCGGCUUUGCCAAGUCGAGCUUCGAGUUGGCGUUGCAAAGAAAGAUGCCGCUAUAUUCGACAACGAAGAACACGAUCUUGAAGAAGUACGACGGCAAGUUUAAGGAUAUUUUCGAGGGCAUGUACGCAGCGGAGUACAAGGAGAAGUUUGAGGCUGCUGGCAUCUGGUAUGAACACAGACUGAUUGACGAUAUGGUUGCGCAGAUGUUGAAGUCCAAGGGCGGCUUCAUCAUUGCCAUGAAGAACUACGAUGGUGAUGUGCAGUCGGACAUCGUCGCCCAGGGCUUCGGGUCUUUGGGUCUCAUGACUUCUGUUCUUGUGUCUCCAGAUGGAAAGACCUUCGAGAGUGAGGCCGCACAUGGCACUGUCACCCGGCACUACAGACAGCACCAGCAGGGCAAGGAAACAUCCACCAACUCAAUUGCCUCUAUUUUUGCCUGGACGCGCGGUAUUAUACACAGAGGUAAGGUCGACGGUACCCCAGAUGUCGUGAAGUUCGGCGAGUUGUUGGAGAAGUCCACCCUGGACACGGUGCAGGAGGACAACAUCAUGACCAAGGACCUAGCGUUGAUUUUGGGCAAGACCGACAGAGCCAGCUAUGUUACCACGGAAGAGUUUAUCACAGCAGUAGCGAACCGCUUAGCGGAUGGCUACAAGCGUCUUUUUUGUGAAUAA